GCGGGGGGCGUUCGACGUGACCCGCCUGGGCUCGGAGCCCGCCCGGCCCGGCCGCGCCGGGUUGCGGGUCUGCUCAGUGGGCGCGGAUGCGGGGCCGGGCGGCCGAGCCGAGCCGGAGCAUGCGGGGCGCAGCGUGGGCGGCCUGGGGGCGCGCGGGGCAGCUGUGGCCGCGGCCUCCAGCACCGGGCCCGGGCCCGCCUCCGCCGCUGCCGCUGCUGCUGCUGCUGGCCGUGCUGCUGGGCGGCGCGGACGCGCAGUACUCCAGCGACCUGUGCAGCUGGAAGGGGAGCGGGCUGACACACGAGGCGCACAGGAAGGAGGUGGAGCAGGUGUACCUGCGCUGCGCGGCGGGCGCCGUGGAGUGGCUGUACCCCACCGGGGCUCUCAUCGUCAACCUGCGCCCCAACACCUUCUCGCCCGCCCGGCACCUCACCGUGUGCAUCAAGCCCUUCAGGGACUCCUCGGGGGCCAAUAUUUAUUUGGAGAAAACUGGAGAACUGAGGCUGCUGGUGCGUGACGGGGCUGGCCAGCCCGGCCAGGUGCAGUGCUUCGGCCUGGAGCAGGGCGGCCUGUUUGUGGAGGCCACGCCCCAGCAGGACAUCGGCCGCAGGACCACGGGCUUCCAGUACGAGCUGACGAGGAGGCACCGGGCGCCGGACCUGCAUGCGCCGUCCGCGCCGUGCCGCCCCUGCAGUGACACCGAGGUCCUCCUCGCCGUCUGCACCAGCGACUUCGUCGUCCGAGGCUCCAUCCAGGACGUCACGCACGAGCCGGAGCUGCGGGAGACGGCCAUCCGCCUGCGCGUGAGCAGGCUGUACCGGCAGAAGGGCAGGCUCUUCCAGCCGUCGCCGGCGGGCGGUGGGCUCUGGACGGGCCACGUCAGGACGCUGCUGGAGUGCGGGGUGCGGCCGGGCCGCGGCGACUUCCUCUUCACGGGCCACGUGCGCUUCGGGGAGGCUUGGCUGGGCUGCGCCCCGCGCUUCCAGGACUUCCAGAGGAUGUACAGGGGCGCGGAGGAGGGGGGCCUGAACCCCUGUGAGGUCGGCGCGGAGUGACCGUCUCCUUGUGAGCCGUCGCCGCAGGGGCUGCGCGGGUCCCGGGGGGCCAGACGCCGGGGACAGGCUGGGCCCCGGGGUGCCAGACGUGGGGCGCCCGUGGGCUUUGGCCACGAGAGGUCCCGGGGGAUGACCUCAGAGUGGAAAUGCUGUAAAAUGAAAACUAAGUUAUUUUUUGCUUUUGUAAAAAACGAAUGUCCAUAGGAAAAAGGUUUCUGUGUCUCACAGUGUCUCGGCGUGCCGUUCCGUGCCGUUCCUCAGGGAGUCUCAGGCCGCCGUGUGUGGCCUGGCGUGUGGGACGGCUGGCCGUGGCGCUCAGCACACGCCACCCGGCCUCGUGGGAAGCCCGGCAGCCCGUGGAGUUGCCACGACAGACACUUAGGGAGCCAGACCGUGGUGCUUACGGGUCUGUCCGUUUUGUGUGAAGAACCAGCUCGGGGCUGCCGGUUGCUUCCGUUCCAGGCAGUAAAGGCCGAGCCCCGCCCAGCGGCGGCGAGUCUGUCCCCCGGCCUGUCAGGAGCUCCCCGGACACACUCCAAGGCGGGCCCAGCCUGGCGGCCGCCUCACCACUGCUAACCCCAUCCCCACAGCACCUGCCCUCCCGUUCUGUUAACUUCAG